CAAUCCCCUCUCUCUCUCUCUCUCUCUCUCUCUCUCUCAUUAUUGCUGUCUCUCUCAUUAUUGCUCUCUCUUUCUUCUCUUUAUGGUGUUAUAAAGUGCUUAACGGCGAUAAAUGCAGAGCAUAGCAGCAGCCAGCCUCCUCCUCCUCCUCUUCCUUCUAGCUGAGUAAUGAUAUGAUGGAGAUGUACUAUGGGCUGGCUAACUUCAUAGUUGUGUUGUUCUUGAGCUUGGGCAGUCUGUUCAUCACCUCUCUCGCAUGUCAUCCGAACUGCCCCUACCUCCCUCCUCCUAAGCCCACGCCAUGUCCGCCCACGGUCAAGCCCCCCCACCCACCCAAGCACCCAAAGCCCAAGCCCCCGCCCAUGGUGAAGCCACCCGUUGUAAAACCACCCUCUGUAAAACCACCGCCAUAUUCGCCCCCAAAGAUCUCACCCGUUGUUCCAAAGCCGCCGAAAAAGCCACAACCGCCACCAGUAGUGCUGCCGCCAACACUCCCACCCAAGCACUUUCCGCCUAGUCAUAAACCGCCUAAACCUCCCAAGCGGCCGGCACCCAUUGUUCCAAAGCCACCGAAAACGCCACAUCGGCCGGUACCUGUUUUUCCAAAGCCGCCGGUGACUCCAUAUCCGCCUCGCCAUCCGCCGCAUUCGCCACCAAUAGUACUGCCGCCAAAACUCCCGCCCAAGCACUUUCCGCCUUAUAAACCGCCAAAACCUCCCACGACACCAGUGCCUGUUGUCCCAAAGCCGCCCGGAACGCCAUAUCCGCCGCCAACACCUGCCGUUCCGAAGCCGCCAGCAACUCCAUCUCCGCCUCACUCGCCACCGUAUUCGCCACCAAUUGUGCAGCCGCCAAUACUCCCGCCCAAACACACUCCGCCUUAUAUAACGCCCAAACCUCCAACGACACCGACACCCAUUACUCCAAAACCUCCGAAAUCGCCAUAUCCAUCGCCAACACCCACCGUUCCAAAGCCUCCGGCAACCCCAUUUCCGCCUCCCUCGCCGCCGUAUUCACCACCAAUAGUGCUGCCGCCAAUCCUCCCACCGAAACCAUCUCCGCCUUCUAAACCUCCCAAACCACCAGCACCCGUCGUUCCAAAACCGCCAGAAACCCCAUCUCCGCCGGCUCCAGUAACACCCAUAACCCCAUCUCCACCAGCCCCCAUCGUUCCGAAACCACCGGAAACGCCAUCUCCGCCUGCUCCGAUAACACCCAUUGUUCCAAAACCGCCGGAGACACCAUCUCCGCCGGCUCCGAUUACACCCAUUGUUCCAAAACCACCGUUCACUCCACCAGUAACACCGUGUCCGCCUCCCUCUCCUCCGCCGACACCAUGCCCGCCGCCGUCGCCGGCAGCGCAACCAACUUGCUCGAUUGACGCGCUCAAACUAAACGCGUGCGUGGAUCUGCUGGGUGGGCUGGUGCACAUUGGAAUAGGCAAGAGCGCCAAGGACACCUGCUGCCCGGUGGUGAAGGGGUUGUUGGGGUUGGACGCGGCGGUAUGUCUGUGCACCACCAUUAAAGCCAAGCUUCUCAACAUCGACAUAAUACUGCCCAUUGCACUGGAAGUGCUAGUGGACUGUGGGAAGACUCCGCCGCAGGGAUUUCAGUGUCCGGCAUGAUUAAGUCAUAACUACUACGAUUAGGAUGGAUGUUGCGGAGGUUGAUGAGGAGGAAUAACGUGAUAGAGAUUUGGGGGUCAUUAGUUUGAAUUGUUGAGAAUUUUUUGUUUUUCCCUUUUUUGUAAACCACACACAGUGUAUCAAGUAAUUAAUGUGCUGUGUGGAGGACCUGCUGUUGUGUGAUUCAUGCUGUAUUCCCUCGCUGUCGCUGCUAGUGUAUCGAGCAGAGAGUAUAAAAUAAUUCUCUCUCUCUCUCCCUCGUGUUGUUCAAAAUUUUAUGAAAAUUUAAUAGUUUUGUUUUGGUCA